GCUGGCAGAGGCUGCGGCUGGUGGUCGCUGCUGCGUGCUCCGGGCCCCGAGAGCCAUGCAGAUGUCCUACGCCAUCAGGUGCGCCUUCUACCAGCUGCUCCUGGCGGCGCUGAUGCUCGUCGCAAUGCUGCAGCUGCUCUACCUGUCGCUGCUGUCCGGGCUGCACGGGCAGGAGGAACAAGACCAAUAUUUCGAGUUCUUCCCCCCGUCCCCGAGAUCCGUGGACCAGGUCAAGUCGCAGCUCCGCACGGCGCUGGCCUCGGGGGGCGUCCUGGACUCCAGCGGCGAUUACCGCGUCUACAGGGGCCUGCUCAAGACCGCCAUGGACCCCAACGACGUGAUCCUGGCCACGCACGCCAGUGUGGACAACCUGCUGCACCUGUCCGGCCUGCUGGAGCGCUGGGAGGGCCCGAUGUCCGUCUCGGUGUUCGCGGCCACCAAGGAGGAGGCGCAGCUGGCCACGGUGCUGGCCUACGCGCUGAGUAGCCACUGCCCCGACAUGCGCGCCAGGGUCGCUAUGCACCUGGUGUGCCCCUCGCGCUACGAAGCCGCCGUACCCGACCCCCGGGAGCCGGGUGAGUUUGCCCUGCUGCGCUCCUGUCAGGAAGUCUUCAACAAGCUGGCGAGGGUGGCCCAGCCCGGCAUCAACUACGCGCUGGGCACCAAUGUCUCCUACCCCAAUAAUCUGCUGAGGAAUCUGGCUCGCGAGGGGGCCAACUACGCGCUGGUGAUCGACGUGGACAUGGUGCCCAGUGAGGGGCUCUGGAGAGGCCUGCGGGAGCUGCUGGAUCAGAGCAAGCAGUGGGGGGGCACCGCGCUGGUGGUGCCUGCCUUCGAGAUUCGCCGAGCCCGCCGCAUGCCCAUCAGCAAGAACGAGCUGGUGCAGCUCUAUCAGGUGGGCGAGGUGCGGCCCUUCUAUUAUGGGCUGUGCACGCCCUGCCAGGCGCCCACCAACUACUCCCGCUGGGUUAACCUGCCCGAAGAGAGCCUGCUGAGACCUUCCUACGUCGUGCCCUGGCAAGACCCUUGGGAACCCUUCUACGUGGCCGAUGGGAAGGUGCCCCCCUUCGACGAGCGAUUCCGGCAGUACGGCUUCAAUCGCAUCAGCCAGACCUGUGAGCUGCACGUGGCCGGGUUCGAUUUCGAGGUUUUGAAUGAAGGUUUCCUGGUUCAUAAGGGUUUCAAGGAAGCCUUGAAGUUCCAUCCCCAGAAGGAGGCUGAAAAUCAGCACAAUAAGAUCCUGUACCGUCAGUUCAAACAGGAGUUGAAGACCAAGUACCCCAACUCCCCCCGCCGCUGCUGAGCUCACCUCCUGCCCCAGUGGGAGAAAGUUCUGCCUCCUUGCCCUCAGGCUGCCCCUGGGCCCGACUGGGGAAAGAAAUGUCACUCCACUUUGCAGAGGGAGCUGUGGCAUUGGAACACUGGACUUGAACAUGGGGUGCUAGGAUCAAGUCCUAGCUUAACCACUAACUAGUUGUGUGGCCUUGCGCAAAUCCCUGACCUCUCUGAGCCUCAGGGGACCGGUCUGUUAUCAGGGAGGUGGGAGUGCCCGCCUCACGGAACUGUUGGGAGGCUCAGAUUGAGACGCUGUCUGUGAACACACUCUAAGCUUCGUACAAAUGUGAAGUGUUAUUAAUAUUAUUACAGUAUUAUUGUUGUUGUUAUCACUACUGUUAUUGUUAUUAACAACCUGGUGUGCGGGUGGAAGGAGAGCCAAGGCUAUGAAGGGACAGAGCUGAGGGUUCUGAGACGCGGUGGGAGGGUACUUCACAGAUGGAGCUUUCGGGAAAGAAAUCAGAUGCAGGCGUGGAAUUUUGUUCUUGGUUUUGGGCAGAGGCCUAUACACCUCCGGCACCGCGGCCCCCGCGGGGGGCUUUGGAGAAAGAGAAGGGUCUGCAGGCUUGAGGUGCGAGCGGAAAUCUGUACCCUAGAAUAGACUUGUAUUGGGACUUUGCCAGUUGAUGCCAAUGUGUAAAUAAAUGCGUGUUCACACCCA